AUGGAUCCUAACCAGCCACCAGUUGAGAACUAUGCAAAUCCAAAGACAUGUCUCUUCCAUGUUCUCUUCAAGGGUGCUGCGUUGGCGUUUUACAUUCUCUCCGCUCUCUUCUUCAACAGCUUUGUGAUAAUCUUCGUAGUGACUGUUCUUCUUGCUGCCCUUGACUUCUGGGUGGUUAAGAAUGUGAGUGGGCGUAUACUCGUUGGUCUGAGGUGGUGGAACGAGAUCAAUGACUUGGGAGAAAGUGUCUGGAAAUUUGAGUCUCUUGACCAGGAGUCCUUGGCUCGGAUGAACAAGAAAGACUCAUGGCUCUUCUGGUGGACGCUUUACCUUGCAGCAGCGGCGUGGUUUAUCCUUGGAAUAUUUUCUCUGAUAAGGUUUCAGGCCGACUAUCUGCUUGUCGUUGGCGUUUGCUUGUCCCUCAACGUGGCUAAUAUCAUCGGCUUCACAAAGUGCAAGAAAGAUGCAAAGAAACAAUUUCAGCAGUUUGCCUCGCAGACAAUCGCAUCACGGUUUCAGUCCACGGUACAAUCUGCCUUCACCCUUGUCUGA